AUCCACACUAUAUAUGUUUGUUCCUCAGUUAUCUAAACUCUUCUGCAUUAAUUUUGUCCACAUUUUCCGUUUUAACACGUAAAAACACAAGAAGUGGAAAUGAGGUUUGGAAUCAGGUUUAGGUUGGCUCAACUUGUACAUCCAUAACAUUCGAAUCUUUGGAGGGAUAUGGAGUUUGAAAACUUGGUAGAAGAAAAGGAUUUUUAGGGUAGAGGUAGGUAUGACAUAUUUAUAUUCAUUGUGAUUUUGAAUCUUGUAACCGUAAUAUCUUGCUUGAAUUGUGAAAGGAGGUAAAGUGCAGAUAUAUUGUGGAGGCAGAGAAAGCAGAUUAUGCAGAAGAUGUGAAGAAGGUCGAACUUGAGGACUAUAACUGAUUAAGAAGAUAUAAUAAAAAUGGCAGAAAGUGUUGUUAGCUUCCUGGUGCAGAACUUGUCACAACUACUUGUCAGUGAAAUAAAGCUUCUUUCUGGUGUGGAAGGAAAAGUUAAGUCCUUGCAUAAUGACUUGAAGUUGAUGGAUAUCUUCUUGAGGAGCUCAGAGGGGAAGUACAAAGACGCAAUGGUGAAAGAAGUGGUGACCCAAAUAAGAGAUGUCGCCUACAGAGCAGAAGAUGUGGUGGACACAUACAUUCUCAACAUCGCCAAACACAAACGUAGAAACAAAUUGUGUCGAUUAUUCCACUUCAAAGAAAAAUUCAUUGUGCCCCAUGAAAUCGAUGCUGAGAUAGAGGAGAUCAAGAGUCGUAUCGAUGAGAUCUAUAAAAACAAGGAGAGGUAUGGCAUCAAAGAAGGUGAGUUCCAAAGCGAAGAAGCAGUUACAACAGAAUGGCGCCGCAAGAGGAGGAUUAAUGUGGAGGAAGAAGAUGUAGUGGGCUUAGUGAAUGAUUCCAACAUUGUGAUUCAACAACUCCAGAAAGAUUAUGUGCGUCUUAAUGUUGCUUCUAUAUUAGGAAUGGGAGGACUGGGUAAAACCACUCUUGCUCGUAAGAUCUUUAACAAGGACAAUGUAAAAAAGUUAUUUCCUUGUCGUGCAUGGGGUAAUGUGUCUAAUGAUUACAGACCCAAGGAGCUUUUUCUAAGUCUUCUCAGGAGUUUGAAUCUUUCUGCAUCGGAAAAUUUAAGCGAGGAGGAUCUGAAGAAGGAGGUAGCCAAAGGGUUGAAGGGGAAGAAAUAUCUGGUAGUGCUCGAUGAUAUCUGGGAAACCCGGGUAUGGGAUGACAUAAAAGGAGCCUUUCCAGAUGAGAAAAGAGGUAGCAGAAUAUUGAUCACAAGUCGUAACAAGGAUGUUGCACGCUAUUCAGGAACCACUUCUCCAUACGAUCUUCCGUUCCUGACCGAAGAUCAAAGUUGGGAACUAUUUUGUAAAAAGGUGUUUAGAGGUGAAGAGUGCCCCUCUGAUUUAGAGCUUUUGGGUAGAUCCAUUGCGAAAAGUUGUGGGGGUUUACCACUUGCGAUUGUGGUGUUAGGUGGGGUGUAUGCGAUGAAGGAGAAGUCAGAAAGAGAGUGGUCGAGAAUGAAGAAAAUGAGAUGGCAUCCUACUGAGGAUAAGAGUGAGGUGAUGGAUAUAUUGAGGUUGAGUUACGACAACUUGCCUCUAAGACUAAAGCCUUGUUUUUUAUAUUUUGGAAUGUAUCCUGAAGAUUAUGAGAUGAAUGCAAGAGAAAUGAUCCGACUGUGGGUAGCAGAAGGGUUCGUGAAACCGCAUGAAGACGCAGAGCCUGAAGUUGUAGCUGACUUUUACUUGGAUGAACUUGUGGAUCGAAGCUUAGUGCAAGUGACUCGUAGGAGGACUGAUGGGGGUGUGAAGAUAUGUCAGCUUCAUGAUCUUCUCCGUGAUCUCUGCAUAUCAGAGAGCGAAUCCAGCAAGUUUCUACAGGUUUGGAAAACGUCCAAUAUUGACACAUUGAGCGAUACCAAUCCUCGUAGGUUGUCCCUGCAGUGCCAACCGCAGUCUAAUAUCUCUGCUGUGUCAUUUCAAAAAUCAAUGUCAAGCACUCGCUCUAUGAUCAUUUUUACUGACCUAGGUAAGUCUGUGAAUGAUUUUGUGAAAAGGUUAAUGUUAGCCCGAGUUAUUGGUAGUUUUCAUCCAGCAUACUAUGUUUCCUUUUCCCACCAUUACAAGAGGAUGAUCCAUAUAAGAUACUUGAAAAUAUGUGUCAUCAGUGUUCCUGCAUGCAUAUGCAACCUUUCGAAUUUAGAAACACUAUUUGUAAUCUAUGCAAAGACAGUGUCCAGUGAAAUUUGGAAGCUGAAACGACUGAGACAUCUUCACUUAGAACGGGGAGAUGUUUUACCUAUGUUGCCUAACGGAACUAUAAUUGAGAAUCUCCGAACCCUUCAGUUGUUCCAUGGGGUUUCAGAAAUUAUUUCCUUGUUCAAGAGUGGCAUAUUUCCUAGGUUGGUAAAAUUAGGUUUAAGACCUAGGGGGCCAGUAUUUCAUAGUUUUGGUGAGGUAAUUUCACUUUCUAGUGUAGUCAACAUAAGCCAUUUUACUCUAAAAGCAUUUAACGCAGGACGUCUUCCAUCAGACACCAAUGCUUUUCCAUCAAAACUUACCAAGAUAACCUUUGAAUCGAUAGAGGGGGAUGCAAGCCCUUUGAUGAAGACACUAAGUCAACUUCCCAACCUUCAAAUUUUGAAACUGUUAGAACACUUUGGUGUACUGCUUAAUAUUGAUGUUGGCAAUGGAGAAUUUCCUAAACUUCAAGUCUUUCAUAUGAGAGGAUUGGAUCAAAUAAAGUCAUGGAAAUUAGAAGAAGGUGCAAUGCCUUGUCUUCAACUUUUGCACAUUAAAGAUUGUCCUAAUUUGUUUGAGCUUCCCCAACAACUUUGGUCGUUGAGGACCUUGCAACUUGUGCAUAUUGUGGCACCCUCCCAACAAUUGGCUACCACCCUCCAAAAUGUGAAGUUCAACAACAAUUGUAAACUCAUAUUGGAACAAAAUUGACUCCCUCCUCAUCCUAUAUUUUAACCUCUUUUGUGUUUUUAAUAUAAGUGGAGCAAUUUUAUUUGUAAUAA